AUGUGCUCCCCUCCGAGCGCUUCCCGGGCACUACCCCCCUCCGAGCGCUUCCCGGGCACUACCCCCCGAGCGCCCCCCUCCCGCUUCCCGGUCACUACCCCCCAUGUGCCCCCCGAGCGCUUAUCCCUCCGAGCGCCCCCCGAGCGCUUAGCCCCCAUGUGCCCCCGAGAGCCCGCCUCCCGCUUCCCGGGCACUACCCCCCAUGUGCACCCCGAGCGCUUACCCCUCCGAAGCCCCCCUCCCGCUUCCCGGACACUACGCGCCCCCCGAGCACUUGCCCCCCGAGAGCCGCCCUCCCGUUUCCUGGGCACUACCCCUCGAAAGCCCCCCCCUGAGCUCUUACCCCCCCAUGUGCCCCCUGAGAGGCUCCCUCCCACUUCCCGGGCACUACCCCUCCCGAGCUCUUCCCCCUCAUGUGCCCCCGAGAGCCCCCCCUGCUUCCCGGGCACAAGAUGCGCCCCCGCCCCUUUCAGGACACACCCUAGAAGCCCCCCUAAGUCCCCUCUCCUGCAGCUUAGCAGCUCCUCCUCCCCAUUUCCCCCACUCCCUCCUGACAUCUACCCUUUCCCACAGCCCUUGAGUCCUCUCCAUUUUCUCUCUUCCAAAGCCUGGUCUGGUCUCUGUGUCCCUUUCCUCCCCCCUUGCCUCCAUGAGGCCUUCCUGUUCCCAUCAACCUUCCCCCUGGCAUCUAGCUAUCCCACUCACCCUUUGGUUGGAGGUGAUCCUGCUCCAUCCUUCCCCAAGAGUGACUACUACUCCCCAUCCCAGAGAGUUGCUCUCCACAGCCAUAGAGGGCAGCUGUUUGGGGCAGCAGCUUGGUAUUACUUGUCUGUUAUGUGCCAUGCACACUUGUGGUGCCUCCUGGGGAGCCCUGCAAAGUGAUGCUCUGAGCACAGGUGCUCCUGGCUUGCCAGGGUAUGCACACUCACAGGAUAACUGGUCUGUUGAAGGGGGGCGGUGGGUGAUGAGACACUUGCCCUUUGCAUAGGGCUGUGAGUCCCACCCCCACUGCAGGACCAGGCAUAUAGAGAUCUCUCUUAGAGCUGGCCCACCCACAGUUUUUGCACCAAUUUAGCUGUAUCUGCUUAGAAAGCAAUGUAGUUAAAUAAGUGAUCCAAUUAUAUCAGUGCAGGUGUUUUUAUUGAUAUAACUUGUUUUGAUAUAAACACUUCUGUAGUGAUAUAACUACCCAUAGUGGGGGGGUUACAGUGAUUUAACAAUCUUUGUUUCUAUUCCAGUAUUUAAAUUGAUGGAAAAAACUGUAGGUAGGUAAUCUCUUACUAGAGGGAUUUCCACUUCUGUGCUGAUCUCCCCAAGUGGGAAAUGCACAGAGGAUCCCCUUUACACUAGGGAGAUUGUUUCUUCUUUUGCAUGUUGGUGAUUUCCCUACUUUGCUUCCCGAACCUGACACACACAGAGACUUACUUUACAGGGGAAGGGAAUGUCCCCUGUGUGAGAUUUACAGAUGCACUGGGGGAAGAACCAAUUAAUAUUUCUCUUUAUUGUUAUCACAUAAGAUGUAAAUGAAAGAAUUAGUGAAAUGAACUCCAUGCAUCAUUUGUUGCUGCAGGAGGUUGUGUCACAGGUUCUGUCUGUUUUUAAGGAGGGUAAUUUUGUGGUAUUCAUAGUAAAAUAUGUGCUAAAAUAAGGGUUCAGUCAGAUGUUGGAUAUUUGCUAGAUGAGUCGGAAAGAAAUGUGACUCCCUUUCUACUGUGUAUAGCAUUGCACAAGUAGCCAAAUCCAUUGUAGAAAUGUUUGCUGUCUUGUGAAGUUUCUGGUAUUGCCAGGGAUAGACAAAUCUGGUGAAUAUUUGGUUGAGGAGGUUUUUAUCUUUGGUUUCUUUCUUCUCAUGAGUAGUCUUUGCUGUAUGAUGUCUGUAUUACAGGAUUAAUAAUAGACAUUACUGCCGUGUCUGUUCUUUUAAUAGACUGUGUAGUUGAUGAAAAGGAAGGCUUUGGGACACCCCCCCUCCCCACUGAUAUAUUUGACAUAGUGCAGUCCAGUAGCACCUUCUUUGCUGUAUGUGGUAAAUCAGAUCAAUUCUGUAUCAAUCCACUUGAGUGUUUCAAUAUAUGUUCAUUUGGUACUAUAGAACCUAGCUGCUAUAAGAAGUCUGCUAGGAAAUAAAAAAUCAAAUCUCUUAACUCUAAAAUUAUAAAAUGAAAAAAUAGAAAAAAGUAAAAAUUAUAGGAAAAGAGUACUGUAAAGAUAUUGUUUGUAAACCAAAGAAUUUAGUUUUGGGGUGCAAAAAAGGAAGCUGAAGAUAAUUUGAGUUCUAGGCCAAAAAAAGAAAUGGUGUGUCUUUAAAAAUGGAUUUGAUGAGAGAACUACUGGAAUCUAAGGGAUGCUUGCAAAGUCCCUGAUGAUGAACUAUCAGCUUUCUAAGUAAUGGUGAUGGAUUCCAUUUAUGAUCCUUAAUUAUAAUCCAUGAACUUGAAUGACCAAAAAUAAGCAUCAUUUUGUGAGUGUCUGUCUCUGCCAAAUCUUCUCUCUUUAGCCAAUCUAUAUAGAUAUUUCCUUUAUUUCUUUUAAAGCAUUGUAGCUUGUAGGCUGUCUUUGAAACCUAUCAGGUAUGUAGCAAACCUUUUUCUGAAAAAUGGUUUCUAGUAUUCAUUAGUGGCAAUACAUUCAGAUGAUUUUUGUUCACUUUCCUGCUAUACUAAAGAGUGCAUAAUGUAUUUGUUCUAAAUAAUUAUGUGACAUCCCCUCACUCUGUUCACAUACUUCUGUCUUAUUCACUGCAAAAAAGUUAUCCCAAAUUAUUCAGCCUGUGCUGGCAGCCAGACUUUAGAAACUCUGAAUAUUUUCAUGCUUAAACAGCACACACAUUUUUAAAUUAAAUGAUGUAGUUGAAAAAUGCUUUUACAAUCAACAUUACUUUAAAUAUUAUGACAUAAGUUGUGGAAUUUGUCUUUUAAAGGGAUACACCUUAAAAAACACCUCUCUGAAAAUAUUUUGUUAUAAGGAACAUGUAAAAUUGCGAGGAAUAAAGUAUGUGGUUGGUAUGCCUUACUUCUAAUGUCACUACAUAUUAGUAUUUGAACAAUUAUAUUUGGAAAUAACGCAAUAACAAUUAAAAAGUUAACAGUGAAACGGGAAUUGGUUUGUUUUAAUAUACUUGGGAAUAAAUAUGAAAAUGCAACCUCUGUGCACUUAGGCAGAGAGUUUUAGAAGUAUUUAGGGGUUGAUGUGUUCAGUGUCACAAAACCUGAUUGAUGGAAUUUAGUCGCCUAAGUGCCUGAAUCCCUUUUGAAACAGGCUUCUAAACCAGUUACAGGUUGUGAUGCUGAGCACAGCAGUGCCUAAAUACCUUUUAAAAAUCUGGGCGUUGCUCGUGACUCAACUCCAGGGGAUUCCACUUUGUUUAACUUGCUUAAUAGUUAAAAUUGGUACUCAUAAUGAAUUCUCAGGAAGAAAACAAUGCUUAGUGCGUCUAUGUCAUAUGGGCAUAAAAGUGGACCACUGAAAAACAAUGGGGUGGGAUGAUGCAUAAAAAUGUAGUAAAAAUAAAAAUGGCUGUAGCUAAUACCACUAUAGAAGAGAGAAAAAAGAAUUCUAAAGCUUUAACAGCAUUCUUUCUUCCAGCUUCCAUCUAAUCAAGUUACAGAAGAAGCCUCUUAAACUACAGAUUGUGUUUACAGGCAGGCUGUUUGUAACAUGUAUUAGAAAGAAAAGUCUACUUAAGCUAAAUCAUGAGUUUUAUUUAAAUUUGAAGUUGGAAGAAAUCAAAUUCUGCAGAUGAACCGUUAAAAUACCUAUCCCAUUGUUCACGAAAAACUGUUCCAUUCAUUUUAUUUGAGAGGAAUGAAUAAACGUAGUUUCUCUAAAGCACAAACAUCUUACUAAAUGGAUGUGUUUUUUUCUCUGAUAGCAUAUCUGUACUGACAGUGUAAUUACUGAGUACAAUGUCUUGCAUGCAAAAGUGACACUCCUGUUCAUUUGUAUUAAGAGCAGUUGUAGUGGAAAGUUUUUGGAUAUUGAGGAAGACUUUCAGGCUGCUAAACUUGGUUGAAGAUGGCACUUAUGAAGUAGAUGGCAGAUUAUCUAGCACAAGGUUCUCAAACUGUGGGUCGGGACUCCAAAGUGGGUGGCAAUCCCAUUUUAACGAGGUCGCCAUGGCUGGUGUUAGACUUGCUGGGGCCCACGUCCAAGCCCCACUGCCCAAGGCUAAGGUUAUAUGACCCCCCUGUCCAGGACAGAAGCCCUUGGGCUUCAGCUUUGGUCCCUCCCACCCCCAGCCAGGACAGCAGGGCUUGGGCAGGCUCAGGCUUUG